AUGGAGGAGUCUCGAGAUGAAGCGGUGCCAGCAGAGCAGAGGCCUUCUAAUGCAGCAUGGUGGGGCUCAGAUUUUAUUGAGAAGUUUGACUCUGUUUCGUUGCAUUCUCAAGAAGAUACUCUGAGUAAUAAAGAAUCACCUAGAAAUUAUGAAGAAGAUGACUUGUCUUCUCAAACUGCAUCACAAGUUCUCUGGAGAACUGGAAUGCUUUCAGAACCAAUUCCAAAUGGCUUCUACUCUGUCACACCGGAUAAAAGACUCAAAGAGCAUUUUGAGUGCCUUCCAACCCUGGAUGAACUCCAUGCUCUUGGAAAUGAGGCUCUCACUGCUGAUGUGAUUGUUGUGGAUUUUAGGAAAGAUAAAAAGCUGUCAAUGCUGAAGCAGUUGAUUGUUGCGCUGGUGAGAGGAUUGAGUGCGAAUCCAGCUGCCAUGAUAAAAAAGAUUGCUGGGUUGGUAUCUGAUUUUUACAAAAGACCUAGUGUUGAUAGCCCUGUGAGAACAUCUGUAGAGGAAAAUUAUCACUUGCUUGAAAACCGAGGAGUUCAAUUGCUUGGGCAAAUAAAACACGGUUCGUGCCGUCCUCGAGCAAUCUUGUUCAAAGUUCUGGCAGAUACUGUGGGUCUAGAAAGUAGGCUUGUCUUGGGUUUACCAAAUGACGGAUCUGUCGAGUGUGUAGACUCAUAUAAGCACAUGUCAGUCAUUGUUGUGUUGAACUCGGUGGAACUACUGGUAGAUCUUAUGCGGUUUCCUGGCCAGUUGAUCCCACGGUCUACCAGAGCAAUUUUCAUGACUCAUAUCUCAGCAGCUGGGGAGAGUGAUUCUGCUGAAAAUGAUUCUUGCGAUUCACCACUUGAACCAAACAGUCCUCUUUGUGGUUUCCCAGAGAAAGUGGAUCCUGACAGUGCUGAAAAAGAUGAGGGUCAUCAGUUCCAUAGGAAAUUAGAGGGAUCUUCAAAUGCAUCAGGCCCUGUAUUGCGGAACAAGAUGUUGCGAUCUAGCUCAUACCUGGAUACAAAACUUAGUUUAUCACAUAGUGAACCCAAUGUCGCUACAGCAUUUUGGCGGCGUAGCCGGAAAAAGGUGAUAGCUGAACAGCGGACUGCUAGUUCAAGUCCAGAGCAUCCUUCAUUACGGGUACGUGGAAGGUCUAUGCUAAGUGGUGAUAGGCAUUCAAUUAGAGAUUAUCCUGAGGAUGUAGCUACCUCAAGCUACAAGUCAGAAGGAGCAUCAACAUCAUUGGAGACUCGUAGAUUAAGAAGACGAAGCAUUAGCAUGACCCCAGAGAUUGGUGAUGAUAUUGUGAGGGCUGUGCGGGCCAUGAAUGAAACUUUGAAGCAGAACCGUCUAAUCCGGGAGCGAGGAGAUGGUACAUCCUCUACAGUUAAUUCAGACGAGAAGGAUAACAGCUCAGAUCUUCAGAAAAAUGUGGACUACAAAAAUUCUCAGAAGGCAAUGUCACUACCAUCUUCUCCGCAUGGAUAUAGUAGCCAAACAGUGGAUAGAGUUAAACCUUCAGGCUACUCCGCGAAAGAUGAAUUGGUCACAACGUGGAAUAAAGUCCUUGAGUCACCCAUGUUCCAGAAUAAGCCUCUGUUACCUUAUGAUGAAUGGAAUAUUGAUUUCUCAGAAAUAACUGUUGGAACUCGUGUCGGGAUUGGGUUUUUUGGUGAAGUUUUCCGAGGCGUAUGGAAUGGGACAGAUGUUGCUAUCAAAGUUUUCUUAGAGCAAGAUCUAACAGCUGAAAACAUGGAAGACUUUUGCAAUGAAAUAUCCAUUCUUAGUCGCCUUCGCCAUCCUAAUGUUAUAUUGUUUUUAGGUGCUUGCACAAAGCCUCCCCGAUUGUCAAUGCUCACCGAGUACAUGGAAAUGGGAUCCUUGUAUUACCUAAUUCAUUUAAGUGGUCAGAAGAAGAAGCUUAGUUGGCGGAGGCGGCUUAAAAUGCUACGUGAUAUCUGCAGGGGUUUGAUGUGUAUACAUCGGAUGAAGAUAGUUCAUCGCGAUCUCAAGAGCGCAAACUGUCUCGUGAACAAGCAUUGGACUGUUAAGAUCUGCGAUUUCGGGCUCUCAAGAAUCAUGGUGACCAAGCUGGUAACAGACUCAUCGUCAGCAGGAACUCCUGAAUGGAUGGCUCCUGAACUCAUCCGCGGUGAAUCUUUCACUGAGAAAUGUGACAUUUUCAGCCUAGGAGUCAUAAUGUGGGAACUCUGCACUCUCAAUAGACCGUGGGGAGGAAUACCACCUGAAAGAGUUGUUUAUGCUGUUGCUAAUGAAGGAUCCAGAUUGGAGAUUCCGGAGGGUCCGCUGGGAAGGCUAAUUUCAGACUGCUGGGCUGAAGCGCAUGAGCGACCUAGCUGUGAGGAAAUCCUGUCUCGGUUGCUUGAUUGCGAGUAUUCCCUUUGCUGA